UCUCAAAGGAAUGUUGUGCUGCUCUGUCUUCAGCUCUGAAUUCAAACCCAUCACACCUGACACACCUGAACCUCAGUGGAAAUAAUCUAGGAACUUCAGGGGUUAAUAAACUCUCGGAUCUACUGAAAAAUCCACAAUGCAAGCUGAAAACAUUAGUGCUGUGUAAAUGCAGUAUUGAUACGGUACGAAUGGCCAUCCUGAUUCCAGCUCUGUGUUCAAACCCAUCACACCUGAAAGAGCUGAACCUCAGUCAGAAUGAAAUCAAAGACGCUGGAGUCGAUCAUUUAUGUGAUCUACUGAAACACUGCAAACUGGAGAAACUGGAACUGAAUGGCUGUAGCAUUACAGAUGUUUCAUGUUUGGCUGAGACACCAGCAGUGAGAUGUCUAGAGGUUCUUGACCUGAGUAACAAUAAUCUAGGAAACUCAGAGAAGAAGCUGCGCGAGAUGCUAAAAGACUCUAAAAGUGAACUGAGACUAGAGAGUCAAGGUUGGAUCUCAUGGUUCUUUUCUCGAAAGUCUGGACUAACAACACAGGGGGAUGAACCACCAUCAUCAGAUGAGCAACCUUCAGAAGAGGAAGAUGAGGGCACGUCCUCUCAAAAGAAAACAGUGACAGAGAGAGAAGCAGCAGACCUAUCACAAGAUCCCACUGAUGAUGCUACUGAUGAAGAUGAUGAUGAUGAUGCUGAGUAUCAGAGUGAAGAUCAAACAAAGGAUCAAGCAGACGCAUGCGCAGGGCACCAGUGGUGAACAAUAUGACUGAUGUAAAUAAUAAAUAUUGUUCUAGUCUGUGUAUUUACCUGCCUGUAACAGAUGCAGGGUUCAUGUAUUUGAAAAAAAAACAUUACAUUUGAUACAGAACAUAUAAUAUAAUGUAUAUACUUGUGUACAUUUUGUGUUUUAGUGUCACUGUUUGCUAUGUGUUGACAGUUGUUGUGAUGGUGUGUUGUGUUCCUUGUUGAGAUUCACGUGAUCUCAUAAUGCCAUUUCUUAAUGAUACCGAGUCAAUUUUAACAGUGGAAAUCGUUUAACCAAAAAUGUCUUCAUUUAAAAAAAUUAAUCAUAAUUUUUUGCCAACAUGUAAUACCAAACCUCUCCUUGAUUGCUUUAUUGUAACAUGAAAGGAGAAAGUCAAAGAAAGUUGACAAUGUUCAUUCUUUUAACCCUCGUAAAUGCUGUUUGGCUCAUUUGAUCAUUUUCCACAUUGUUUCUGGAA